GGAUUCGCGCAGAUGCACCGGUUAUACAACGCUGUAGCUGUACCCCACGCGACAUCUAUGAGAGCUUCCAUAAAGCUCAAAUUGAGAUCGUAGGUCCUUCCAACAGCUUGUAGAUGCCAGAACCUGUGUGCUUGCAAGCUUGCGCAAGCUCUUUUGCAGCUCGCUGCUUGUCCUCGAGUUGUGUGUCUGCGGCCCUUGUAGACUCGUUGGUGCCUCGAGAACUUUGCGCUUCUUCCCUUGCUUGCUCAGUUUUUUGUUGUGUUCAUUUCUUUUACUGACAGGCUUUUUUCGCAGAUCGAUAGAAUAGAAACCGCAUGAUCACAAGAAAGGCGACGGCCGGAAGGAGGAUCACAAGAUGGGAAAGUUACUGAGCUUAGGGACGAAGCUCAAAUACCCCAUUACCAUCUGCAAGCUACUAAAGCAACCUGGCGAUGAGGUUUCGAAACAACAACCGAUACUAGAAUACAAGUUCGAGUGGACCACUACCAUCACUAACGAAUUUGGAGACGAUGAGGAGUUACCGCAGACAACCAUUGCAGGAUGGGACAGUCCGGCCGAAGGUACCUUGACCCGGUGGAAGGUUUAUCAAGGCCAGGUCAUCGAAAAGGAUCUGUCAUUCGUUGAGAUCGAGGAGACAUGCUCCCAUUCCGUCCAAUUUGCUGGUCUCUGUGCAAUGUGCGGGAAGGACAUGACGGAGCGAUCGUGGGCGAGCGCAUCGGAUGACACCAAUAGGGCGACGGUCAACAUGAUUCACGAUCAGACGACGCUUAAGGUUAGCGAGGAGAGAGCAUCAGAGGCCGAAGAGGAAUUACAACGCCGGUUACUAAAGCACCGAAAGCUUUCGUUGGUGGUCGAUCUGGAUCAGACGAUUAUUCACGCCUGCAUUGAGCCAACCGUCGGAGAAUGGCAAAACGACCCUACAUCGCCGAACUACGAAGCGGUGAAGGAUGUCAAAGCUUUCCAAUUAGAUGAUGGACCCCGUGGUUUGGCCUCAGGAUGUUGGUACUACAUUAAGAUGCGCCCUGGACUAUCGGAGUUUCUGGCCAAGAUUGCGGAGAUGUACGAGCUACAUGUAUACACCAUGGGUACCCGGGCAUAUGCGAUGAACAUUGCGAAGAUCGUUGAUCCGGACAAGAAGCUCUUUGGAGAUCGCAUUAUCAGCAGAGACGAAAACGGCAACAUCACAACCAAGAGUCUGGCUAGACUAUUCCCUGUCGACACAAAGAUGGUGGUUAUUAUCGAUGAUCGAGCAGAUGUCUGGCCUAAGAAUCGGCCGAAUCUCAUCAAAGUUGUUCCCUAUGACUUCUUCUUAGGCAUUGGUGAUAUUAAUUCGAGCUUUCUGCCGAAGAGAGAGGAGUUGCCCAAGAUGACACCAGCGCUCAAGAAGAGACAUUCGACAAAAAGCGAAGAAUCGAAUGAGAACGGCGAGACGAAAAGCGAUACUACCACGACAGAGCAACCAAAGUCCAGCGAAGAGAAUGGUGCUUCUAAGCCAGUGGAUGGUAAUCGUGUAAGUGCAUUAGAAGAGUUGGUCAAGAUGGGUGGCGGUGAUGAUCAAGCAUUAAGAUUAGAGCAAGCUGCUGAACAAGAGAAGUUUUUGGAGAAGCAACUCACUGAACGACCCCUACUACACAUGCAAGAACAGCUUGACAAAGAAGACGGAGAAGAGGAUACAACUACCCCGGACGAAACUAAUGGCGAACCGUCGCAAGAGCAUUCACACCAUAGACACAACCUUCUCAAGGACGACGACGUUGAACUUAUGUACCUCGAAAAACACCUCUCUCAACUCCACAAAGCUUUCUAUGACGAGUACGAUAGUGCUCUCGUCAAUGCUCACGGAGGUAGGGUAGCACAACUAAAGCCUGGACACAAGAAGAAAGUCUCGAUCAAGGACGACUCGGCGGAUCUCAAGAUCGUACCUGACAUUGGUAACGUUAUGCCACGACUGAAAUCUAAAACAUUGGCCGGCUGUGUCAUUGUCAUGUCUGGAUUGGUUCCACUUCAAGCUGAUAUAUUGAGGAGUGAAAUCGGCAUUCAAGCCGCCAGCUUCGGGGCUGAGAUUCAGACCAAGGUCAAUCGAAAAGUCACCCACUUGGUCGCUUCGACAAGCAGAACUCGUACUACCAAAGUUCGCCAAGCUGCCAAAUAUCCUAACAUCAAGAUCGUCAAUCAGCAAUGGCUCUUGAACUCGAUGAGCAAGUGGGAGAAGGAGGAUGAGACACCAUAUCUUGUUCAAAUCCACGACCAAGACCGGAUUCGGGAAGAAGGAUUUGAUUCUAGCGCCCCAUCGUCCAUUCACGACUCUGACGAAAGCGAGGACGCAGACAGCGAGGAUGAAGCCGGUGGUAGUCUUCCAGCCAGUCAAGAUGAACUCGACGCUGAAGACGUCGAAGGCCUGAUCCCAGCCGAAAUGGAAGAAGGUCACUCUCCCAUCGAUGAUCUGAAGAAAUUCGACUGGGAAGGCGUCGAUGAUGAGCUGAACGAUUUCCUAGGCGAUGAUGAUGACGACUCGGCGAAUGAUAGCGAUGCUUCGCAAGUCAGCAACGCCAGUCGGUCGAGUAAGCUUAGUGUGAGGAGUAAGAGGGGAGUUAAGAGGCAGCAUGGAGAGACAACGGAUGAUAGUGAGACAGAUGAGGAGGGUGCAUUAUCGAAGAGGAUCCGAACCGCAAACUCGAGAACAACUGGGUUGAAGACCGUAAAGACGCCAAAUAGUAUGGGAAGCGAGAGUAGCUUGCCAACACCUGGUGUCACGGGAGACGAAGAUGAUGUAGAUCAGAUCCCUACCAACGACGAGGAGGAGGAUCUUGACGAAGACGACGAUGAAUUAGAGAAGGAGAUAGAGGCAGCUUUCGGCUCGGACUUUGAGGCUGAGAUGGAAGUUGAGGGCGUAGGAGGUUGAUGGACCGAGGUCUAUCGAUGUUGAAAUAUUAUCUUCUUGUCUAUUACCAUUUUCAUUCCUGCAUACCCCAUGGCGCUACCGGACACUGGCGUUUCAUACCUCACUCUCUACUUUACGGUCGGACGGAUGGAUCGAGAAGCAAAUAUGUGAGGGCAGGCAGGGUAAACUCUUCGUCUUGAGUGGUAGCAUGAACCCAGUCAGCAAGCAAGCAGCAUAGCAUAGGCGUUUUGAAUUGGUGAAGUGGAGCUGGGGGUGAGCAAAUGAAUUGAAAAUGAUUUUGAUCCUCUAC